AUGGUCUGCGAUGAUGACAGCAUGCCAUUGCAACGGAAGAAGGUGUGCGUGAUCGGCGCCGGCAUGGCCGGGCUGGCGGCAGCGCGGGAGCUGCGGCGGGAGGGCCACGACGUGACGGUGCUGGAGCAGAGCGGCGAGGUGGGCGGGCAGUGGCUGUACGACCCGAGGCUCGACCUCGCCGACCCGCUGGGCGCCGGGGAGCCCGUGAAGGUGCACAGCAGCAUAUACGCGUCCCUCCGGCUCAUCAGCGCCAGGGAGAACAUGGGCUUCACCGACUUCAGUUUCGCGCCCAAGGACGACGACGGCCGCGACCGACGUCGUUUCCCGGGCCACCGCGAGGUGUACCUCUACCUCAAGGACUUCUGCGACGCCUUCGGGCUCAUGGAGUUCGUCAGGCUCAACACUCGCGUCCUGCGUGUCGCCAUGCAGCAGCCCGCGUCGAGGUGUCGGCAAUGGGCGGUGAGAUCCGUGGACCUGGCGAAGAUGGAAACGGAGGAGGUGUUCGACGCCGUGGUGGUGGCGAACGGCCACUACUCGCAGCCGAGAGUGCCGAGCAUCCAAGGCAUGGAGGCGUGGAGCAGGAGGCAGAUGCACAGCCACUCGUACAGGACGCCGGAGCCGUUCCGGGGCGAGGUGGUGGUGGUGGUCGGGUCAGGGGAGAGUGGCAAGGACAUCGCCAUGGAGGUCCGCCAGGUGGCCAAGGAGGUGCACCUCGUCGCCCAGUCCAUGAAGGAGGUGACCCCGGGGCUCGCCAAGGUGCUCGCCAAGCACAGCGCCAGCCUGCACGUACAGCUGCACCUGGCGCGCCUGUGCGAGGACGGGCGGGCGGUGUUCGGCGACGGCUCCAGCGUCGUCGCCGACACCGUCAUCUACUGCACGGGGUACGAUUACUCGUUCCCGUUCCUGGACACGGCGGGGGCGGUCACCGUCGACGACAACCGCGUGGGGCCGCUGUUCGAGCACGUGUUCCCGCCGUCGCUGGCGCCGUCGCUCUCCUUCAUCGGCAUACCCAUCAAGGUGUUCGCGCCCUGGUUCUUCGAGGCGCAGGCCAGGUGGGUGGCGCAGGUGCUGUCCGGCAGGAGGACGCUGCCGCCGGAGGAGGAGAUGCUGCGGUCCGUGGAGGAGUGGUACCGCUCCAGGGAGAUCGCCGGCGUGCCCAAGAAGUACACCCACGACGUGAGCCGGUUUGGUAUAACGUACAUGGAUGAAUUUGGGGAGAGAUACUGCGACUUCCCUCGCGUGGAGGGAUGGAAUAUCGAGCUGCUGGUGGCGUCCUAUAUCAACAUGGUUGAAAACCUCGAGACCUUCCGCGACGACUACCAAGACACCGACUCCAUCCGCAAGGGUGUGGAGGCGUGGCAAUUGGCUGCACAACAGAUCCACGUCAACCAAGCUGCUUCUGUUGGUGCACAAAUACAGUCACUUGGACUUCCUGAACAACAACAUAUGGAGCCUUCCACUCCACGUACUCCAGAAUAA